GAUGAGCCCCCCCCGACUUCCACAGAGGUGCAGCAAUUAAUGAAUUGGUUUGCGACUGGCUUCCCUACGGUAGUCAUAUCGAGGAAUGGGGACAGGCAUUUGAGCGGUACCCAUCACCGCUGGCUAAGUCCCGAUAGAAUUGAACUAAGUGGGGAGCAAUUUGACUUGAUUGAGCGUGGCCAGAGAGAGAACAAACCCAUCGCGCACAGAUUCUAUCGUAUGUACUGCACUCUUUUUCACGAGAUUGGGCACUACCUGAACACCAAUAUCAACGGACCUCUCAACCAGAAUUUCUUGACCCCCCGGAAACUCCGUUGGUAUAUACAGCCUAGAAGGGACGCUGAGGACCCGACACAUCCUAGAUUCUAUAUGCUAUUUCCACAUACCGGCGAAAUAGGACAGAUUAUUGAGAUGUUGGUCUUCGGUCAUAAGAUAAACAUUCUCACCAUAGACCCCAAUGCAGGAAUUACCGUGCAUAUCCAGGGGUCCACAUCCGGCCCGUACGGAGAGGACAGGGCACAGAUAACGGUACCGCAUGAAGUCCUUGAGUACAUGUUUUGCGCAAGGGUGCCGUUGAGGAUGGAUGGGCAUGCUCUCCGGCAACUCAUCCGUGGGCUGGAAAUAACUAAGCAAGAAAAGCGGAGUGGGCUGCCUAGGGAGGUAUUGUUAGGAAACCCAAAGAUCGACCCGGAUGCUGUUGCCGCGGGACAAGAAAUACCGGGUGGUUACGGGGGAUAUAGGUACAGACGGGCUAUACGAAGGCUUCAGCAAGAUCUCCUGGAGAUGGCAUACGGUAUUGAAGGAACUCCUCUGACUCAGUUAAGCGAGGAGCACUAUGGAGGCAAUGAGAUCUUCGAGGAAAACCCGUAUGAAAUGGAGGAUAAAUGGGAAGUGCUUUGGAACCUUUUCAUUUUUCUCUGCUCCCUUCCGGUAAUGUAUCUCAUCGGGCUUCCUAUCGGUGCCGCUUGUGGCUU